GGGCGGGCGGGAGCGGUGUGAAUGUUACGAGUCACUUCUCAUUUCACUAAUUUAGCAGAAAGGGAGGAGAGAGAGGUGGAGAGAGCUCGACGGUGGAUUGGUGACCGGAGAGAGACCGCGAGGCAGGCGCGCGGUCGGAGCCUCUGCAGUAUCUGACCUGGAAAAAAAUAAAUAAAAAACAGCACCAUCGCUCCUUCUGCUGCGGCUGCUGAGAAAACCGACGGCACGCAAACGCACCGGACCAGGCUGGUUUGUCCUCCUCCAGGUGCGCGGGGAGGAAAAGGCGGACGGAAAACCCCGUAUCGUGCUGUCAUUUAUCCCGGAGCUCUCGGAGAUAUCCUCCGAGUCGUGUCCGCGUUCACCUCACGGAAACCGGGACCGCAGCGCUGUACUGACGGAGGGCGGGAAGAGACGACUCAAUCUCGAGGUUCACAUUCUCGAGAUUUCCUUCCACGGACCCGGUGCUGGAGCUCGGUGUUCCCGCCGUGGCCGCAGCGCGUGCGGAACGUAGUAACGGCCGAAAGCCGCGGCCACACGGACCGGGUUGCUGGGAAACCGGAGGCAAAUCACGGUGCGGCGAGAGAAGCGGUGGUCCUCCUGCCUCCUACUCCACCAAUGGGUUAAAAUCGGUUCGCUCCUCCAGAGCAGCCGCGCAGAGCUUCGGAAGGUCCGCUCACACCUGCCCGCCCCGACCUGCAGGGGCUGUAUGAUGUAGCAGCCGCUCGCCCCCCCUUCUUCAUCCUCUGCUCUGCCUCUCGGAACCGCCGUCCAUCCUUUCAAACCAGCCUCCCCCGACCAGCCUCUCUGACACCCCCACGCACCCACCAUGCCGGCGGGGAUGAAACCGCUGGAGAAGUUCCUCAAGAAGCAGACCACGGCGCUGACCCGGGCCGGGGGCUUCGUUGGCGGGGUGGCGGACAAGGCGAGCGGGGGAACCGGGGCGUCCCGACGCAGGGCCAGCCUGUCCCGGGUCGUCCCCUUCCUCAGGGAGACGUCACCAGAGAGCGGCCAGGCCCGGGAGGUGUUCAGCCCUGACAGUGAGGACCCCCCUUCCUGGCCCUCAGCUACUGGGGCUACUUUGGUCCCUGUACCCAGCAGUGCUAAUGGCUCUGGCUCUGGUUCUGGCCCUGGAGGAGGAGAAGUCCGCAGCCCCUCUCUGUCCAGUGAUGAACAGAGCUCCGAAGCCAGUCUGAUCACGGAGACCGGCAGCGGCGGUGGAGGAGGAGGGACGCCGCUUCAUUCGGACACACCAGACAACCUGACUCUCGCCGUGCUGGACAGUGUGGCGGGGAAACGCUACGGACACUGCACAGAAACCCUGCUGGAUGACUUCAUGUUGACACAUCCCAUCUUCCUGACGGCCGACAGGCUCCAGCAAGUCCUGCUGCAGCAAUUCUCUCUGGAUACUGAGGACAAGGAUGGAGGGAGGAGAGGGCGGCAGGGGGAGGCAGAGAGUGAGAGGAGAAAUGGAGGAGGACGAGGAGGAGAGAGGGAUGGAGAGACGGAUGGCCACACGGAGAGGACACUGGACAGCGCAGAGAGGAAGCAGGCCGUGCUCAACGUGGCAUUCAGGUACCUGGAAACCUACAGAGAGCUGCUGCAGGAGGAGGGCGAGCGCAGCAACAACUUCCCCAAGGAGCUGUACCUGUUUGCCGUUCAGGAGCUGAGUCGGUAUCCUGACCUGGUGGAGGAUGUCCUUAAACUGCAGAGGUGGACUGAGAUCUUGCACUGCCCGUCUGAUGAGGAGAAGGAGAGCAGGAAGAAACAGGUCCGGCCUCUGUUCAGACACUUCAGACGCAUCGACGCCUGUCUGCAGCCCAGAGAAGCCUUCAGAGGCUCAGAUGAGAUCUUCUGCAGGGUCUAUACUCCGGAUCAUUCAUACGUCACCAUCAGGAGUCGCCUGUCCUGCCGGGUCGGGGAGAUACUGGCUCUGGUCAAAGAGAAACUCCAGUACAGUGAAGACCAACCGGUUCUGCCCGGAAACCUCAUACUGGUGGCUGUUACAUCAGCAGGAGAGAAGGCAGUGUUUCGCCCCAGUGAUGAGGCCGUCUUCACCACCCUGGGAGUCAACACUCACCUGUUUGCCUGUGAACCCUCUGAACUGGAGUCACUGCUUCCUCUUCCUGAGGAGAUCCACUGGACGCCAGGCGACAGCAAACUUCACGACAUGUCGGCAGAGGAGGUGGCGAAUCAGCUGGUGGUGUUUGACUGGGAGCUCUUCAGCUGUGUGCACGAGGUGGAGUUUGUGUGCUAUGUUUUUCAUGGCGAGCAGUCCCGUUGGCGCCCCCUCAACCUGGAGUUGGUACUGCAGCGGUGCAGUGAGGUGCAGCACUGGGUCGCCACAGAGAUCCUGCAGUGUCAGUCUCUGCCAAAGAGGAUCCAGCUGCUCCGCAAGUUCAUUAAGAUUGCAGCUCUCUGUAAACAGCAGCAGGACCUGCUGUCCUUCCUUGCUGUGGUUCUGGGUCUGGACAAUCCGGCUGUCAGCAGACUUCGGCUCACCUGGGAGGGUCUCCCAGGGAAAUUCAGGAAACAGUUUCAGCAAUUUGAGAGCAUCGCGGAUCCCUCCAGGAACCAUAAAUCCUACAGAGACCUGAUCACCAGCUUGAGACCUCCACUGAUCCCCUUCACACCUCUGCUGCUCAAAGAUUUAACAUUUCUCCAUGAGAGCUGUAAGACAUUUCAUGGAGAUCUUGUUAACUUUGAAAAAAUGCAUAAAGUGGCAGACAUGGUGAGGACCAUCAGGCGAUACAGGAGCACUCAACUAGCCAUGGAUACAGAGACGUCCCCCUCCCACCUGCAGACGAAGGCCUACGUGCGCCAGCUACAGGUGAUCGACAACCAGAACCUGCUGUUCGACAUGUCCUGCAAACUGGAACCCAAAGACACAUAAAGGUGCAAACGGGAAGUGGGAAAAACAAGACAUAAUGAAACUGGGACACAGAGGACGACGUGAGGAGGAGGAAGAUGAACAUGACUGGAUGCUCUUUGAUCUUUGCUGUCAAGAAGCACUGCAGUGAAUAAGUGGAGGAGGUUGUAAAUGAGGGGAUGAUAUUAAACUGGAACUAGAAAUGUACAAUCCUAUCCUCCGCUCUUUUCACCACCUCAUUCACCUGCCACAAAGACAGUAAACAAGGUCUGGACUCUCGAAAAAAGACCUUUUAAAGUUAAAGCCAUUCUGCUUCACCAUUAACCCUCUAACCACGAACAUAUUCUUCUUUUCCUUUCCCUUUCACUUAGUUCCCACACCAAUGCUGCCCUGUUCAAUUCACUGCCAGCAGCCACAAAACCCACCAACACCAAACUGUGUGGAGCAUCACGAACAUUAGAAUCACAAAAAUCUACGCAAAGAUCCGUGUCCCUGCAUAAACCUCCAGAGUAUUCAGCAACACAUUGUCUUCACUUUCUAAGAGACAUUUUGUCUCAGAGUGUUUGAGAAUCUGUGGCAAAGGAAGACUUAGUGUUACACAGCAGAUUUUAACACUGUGCCCAAGAAUCUACCUUUAUGUAAUUACUGUACGACGAUAGGCUUGUUCACAUAGCUUUAAAAUGUCUUCUCUGUUACAUAUCAGUGCUCACUGAAUCAGUUGUUUCAGUGGUUAAACAAGACUUAAUCUCUAGCUAUAGAUACCCAGGCCGUUAGCCUGAUGGCCUUUGACCCCUUCACAAAUAGUAAAUCAAAAACUCCUUUAAGUUCAUUUUUUGUGAUUACUGUAAUAUUGCAAUGAAGAAUGAAGUCAAACUCUUAGUCCACAUAUAGUAUAUCAACACUGACUUCAGCUACAAUAUGCAAUCAAAUCAAUGAGACUAGUUCAAUUUAAACCACAGUGUUCAAGGGCACCUUAUCACGUUAUAAUAAGAUAAUAAUGCAAAUGAUUAAUUAAGAAAUUAAUUGGCAAAUUAAUCGAUGAAAAUCUCCCUAACCAAAGAAAAGGGCAAACUCAUACAUCAAACAGUCUGGGAUGAAUGACGCCACUGUGUAUUAUGAGGAUCUGAACGGGAAGAGCAGAAGGUACGAAGGAUGAAAACUGCCGGAGGAUGUUACUCACACCAUUUUAAGAACCUGGAGAUCAGAGGAAAUGCGAUUAAAUGUUGGAAUUAUGCUCCGCUUACAAUACUCUGAUGAGGGCCUGCACAUUGUCUAACAGAUGCUUAGUGAAGGUAUUGCCUGCGUAACCCUGUCCCUGCAGCAGCACUUUUGUUUUCCACAACACACGAGACACUCUCGCGCUACUACUUUUUUAAACUCUGAAGUUUGAAUACACGUUUACACCUCAGAAAUCUGCCAUCUGGACUUCAUGACUAAAUAUAUUUUUCCAUCAGAAUACCCAAGUCUUUUACAUGCAAAAGGACACAAACAAUGACUUUGUGAAUACGUACAGUAACUGAACUGUUGCCAUGGUUACACCAGAGGGCUGUUAGACUCACCUCUGAUGGAUCAUGUAUCGGCUGCCAUAUUUCAUACAACCACUAGCUUCUUUAUCCUCCAGGAUUGACUAAUUCUAAUCGGUAACGAUGUGUUCACUGACAGUUACCACCAUGGACUUCACAGACACUGUGGAUUGGUGCGUUUACAGACCCAAGAUCACCUCAUAGGGCUUGUUUGUGCAAAGCUUGAUGGCUUGUCCUCGCUGGAUAAGUGUGUAGAUGCUGGUUUUCUACCAAAAGUGAUCUCAGCUUUAGUCUGAAGACAUUAACAACCUUUACUGGUUUCUUCGUUUUAGUUCCAGGACUUUAAUGAUGAUAAACACUAUCAUUACAGUAUAUCACUGUUUUAUGAUCCAAACAGAACUUAUGUCACAGUCGCACUCAUUUUAAAGGACCGUACAAGGGUUUUUAUGUCUUAUACCCAGUUUAAUACACACUGUGUACACACUGCAUUAUACAAACUACACCAUAUGGGUUCUAGGUCAAGUUGAUGUGAGAUUUAAUCUUAAUCCUUAGAAACAGCCAAUUUGUGUCAAAUCAUUUCUACCUGCAAAGUUUUAAUACCAAUUCUUAGCCAUAACAUCCAUGACACAAACAUAAUUGAUAAACUGAGUAUCUGUGAAAUAUAAGCACAAACAAGAAGUAGUGAGAAAAGUCAAAAAGUCAUAAUUAAUGUGAUGAUUGACCAUCACAUUCUGAUGUGGUUGGUUUUUUGUAAACUCUUACCCGUUUUACUUUAAUAGUGAAGAAAUGAAGGUUGAGUUUCUGAACUCUGUUGAAAGUGAGUCUAGAAUCCAAAUGUCAGUGCUAAUGUGCUAAAAUGGGCACAAAAACCCUGGUGUGGUCCUUUAAGAAAGUGAAGGUGACCCGCUGGCUGAACUAACGAAGGAGUUGCAGCCAUGUUUGGAGGACGUACACAACAACCUCUAUUUCUCAGCGCGCUCAGUGACUGCUGUCAGGCAUGAGCGGCCGAUCGGCUUUAGGGAGCGAGCGGCUCGGCCCGCGGGUGGGUGGGCCUGCGUCCAGAGGGCUGGUUCAGAGGAGGGGGAGCUGGUUGUCCAACGACUCACAUCAACCAAGCACUCUUGCCAAACCUCAGGGCUCAGAGAUACAGAGGUUUCGUUUACUCUUUUAUUCUCGGUUUUCAGUAGAGUUCAGUUCAGUUGAGUCCAGUUGUGUUGCAGUCGAUUGGUUCUGUGUUUGUACAGCUGAUCACGCUUCAUAUUUACUAUAAUAAUAGAACUUGAUAGAGUUGUUGUUUUUUAUGCUGUGAUUCCCACCAGAUCUAUUUAAGUUUGAGUUUUGAGUGACAGAAACAUGGACAUGAUUAAAAACUCUCAUCUGAACUCAUUUUGUCUGAGUCCCACCAACAAAAAUUAUAUUAACUUAUAAUGACUCUAAAUUAGCAAAGAAAUGUUUUGUUCAAUUUCCUCUAUAGUACAGUAAUCAGGUUUUAUAAGUGGUUGUUAUGAUCUAUUAAUGCAAAAGACAAAAUGAAUUAUAAUGGAGUUUUUUUUUCGAUGCAGUAUAUGUCCAAUAUGUUUUACAUCACAACAUUUUCACAUAAUUUCUCUUUUUGCUACUAAAAUGUGAGCUCCCGCCACUUUAAGUGCUACAGGGACAAUAUUUAUUCUCAGUUUAAUACACUGUUACUAUUUUUGUGCAUGGUUGGAUCACAACUCUUGGAUGCAUCAGGAUAUUUUCUGUUUGUUUAAUUUUAUAUUCGUUGUCUGCUCGACUCUGGUGGCCAGCGAGACAUUCAUCCUUCAUCUGUACCAUAGCAUCCUGUGUGUGUAAAUUUAUCAGUCAGGCUGAUCCCGUCCAGAAACGAGUCCAACACCUCAGGACACGAGUAGAAUAGAUGUCUCAAGCUUUCCCUACAGGUCUUUUACUGUGACGUUAAAAAACAUGUAAAUGGAGAUGGCUUGAUUCUGGACGGGACCCAGCCUGCAAAACGUCUCCAGUUUGACAAGAUCCUGUAGCGUAUCUAACAUGUCACAAAUAUAAGAGAACAUUCGAAGAACACUAGUUGAAAUGUGGGCUUUUGCCGUCGUGUUUAGCACCUUGUAUUUGCUGUUACAGGUUUUGUUGACAUGGGGACAGACGGGUACAAAACGAGAAACCCAGUGAAGAUGACAUCAUCACUAGUCUGCCGGUGGCUCUCAGGACCACUUCCUGGGUGGUGUGCGCCUUAUUAUGGAUCCUAUCAUAGUUCUGGGCAGACACCUGAACAGAUCAUUAUCAGCAUUAAACAUAAACUAAGUCAGCUCUCUAGCUUUCUGCUAAAGUUGUGCUGGGAUCCAUAAUUUCCGAAGGCAGACAGUCUCUUGGGUCGAGGCCGUCUGCCUUUGUUGCCUGUAUGAAAAAAAAAACAGAAACAAACACUGAAAAAAUAAUAAUGUGUACAUAUGCAACCCUGUAAAUAAGCAAAUACUAACGGAAACUCUAUUUUAUGUAUGAGCUCAGAGAAAGAGAGACACUAACUCAAGGAGAAAUAUUUGAUUUGGUGUUUUUUAUUUGUAAAGCUGACAGCGCGUGUACAAAGAUGCCAGAGAGAGAAAGAAAUAAUGAAUUUAUGACUUUAUGAAUUGUACAGUUAAACAGCUUCAAUUGGACUGUUCUGUUGUUUUCUAUCUAAAGCUUGGGUUGGUUCUUUUUGCUUUUGUUUUUGUACAGAAGUGGUUGUUUACAUCAAUACAAGUCCUCUUUUCUGUGAACGUCAGACAGACCGUUGGAAGAGAUGUUCGGCAGGGGGCGGGGUCUGGAGGCUCAGAAGGAGGAAAAUGAGUUCAUUACUUGAUCCAGUCACCACAAGAUCCAAAACUUGAAACCAGAGAUUCAGAGAAGAAAAUAAAUAAUUUAUCUAAUCUUUUUAAAUAAUUGUAGCAGUUAGAAGCUGUUUUAACCAAUUUAUUUAGAUGUUAUAAACUAUACACUAUAUAUUUUGCAAUCUUCUAAUAUAUAAUAUACUCUAAAUCUCCUGUAAGGUUCAAAGACAGAGGUGUAAAUCCUCAGUGACAUUAAGGUAGAGCCAAAUAACAGACGGACCCGUCUCCUGCAGGCUUCUGCUCCCUCUGCUGUCACACAACAGAUGCUGAAAUAAAACGUGGACACCAACUACAAAA